AUGGCAAAGUUUCCGUUGUUUGUAACCGUAGUUUUGUUUGCAAUUUUCGUGCGAAAUGCCGAAUCGGUGCGCUGUUGGACUUGCUCUUCGGACCUGAACCCGCUGUGCAAUGACCCCUUCAUGGCUGGCCAGUCGGACAAUUCGUACCUGUUCCGGCUGGAGAACUGCGACGCCACUUCCGCGGUUUCUUACCCUUACUUGACGUCCUCAGUGUCGGCUUGCAAGAAGCAGAAGAAGUUCGUGCGCGGCGAGCUGGUGAUCUCGCGCGGCUGCACCUGGAAGCGUAAGGACGACUACACGAACACCUGCCCCAGCACCUCGACCUCGUCGUCCAACGAAGUGACCUCUUUCUGCGAGACCUGCGACUACGACGCGUGCAACGGCGCCUCGGCCGUAGCGAAAACCCUAGCACUGCUGCUCGCUCCCCUCGGCUUAUUACUCUUCAAUGUGGCCAACGUAGGCUAUUUGUCGCCAUUUAGGCUACUUCAGAGG